AUGGUGAAAGAAGUUUGGACCAACCCCUUCUACGGGGAAGCAUCUCUAAGAUCCUCGGAACCACUAUUCACUAAAGCAGUGAUGGAGGUCUCGUUGUCCAACAAAUUCAAAAAGCCAACCUUUGAAAGGUACGAGGGUUUGUCUGACCCGAUCGAUCAUCUAGACACCUUCAAGGUGUUGAUGCAAUUGCAGGGCGCACUUGAUGCCAUCAUGUGUCGGGCAUUUGCUACAACCCUUAAAGGUAGUCCCAAAGAUUGGUACCGAACCCUACGGCCUGGAUCAAUCGGCUUUUUCUCAGAGAUGGAGCACCUGUUCACCAUCCAUUUCCUCAGUAAUCGGAGAAUCGUCAAAACGUCGACUCAUCUGAUGAGCAUGGUUCAGGGAGAAAGGGAGACACUAAAAAAGUUCAUGCACCGCUUCGUCUCCGCAACAAUGGAGAUCCGCAACCUGGACAUUGGAGUAGUGUUGGCAACCCUGACCACGACCCUUCAGCCAGGAAACUUCCUAUCUUCUCUAGGAAAGAGACCCCCAGCUGACAUGGGGGAGCUGAUGGCAAGAGCGCAGAAAUAUAUUAAUCUGGAAGAGGUAAUGGACACAAGAAGAGAACAACUUAUCUGA